CCCAGAAGUUGGUGGGGUUCGGGCUGCAGCAGCGUGAGAUGGAUGCGACGUAGGUUGAUGUUGUUUCUCUUCACGACACCAACGACAGACAGCUGCACAAAAUGGUCAAGGCUAUCAUCGCGCCCUCGGUCCUCGCGUCCGACCUCAGCAACCUCAGCAACGAGUGCAAGCGCAUGCUGGGCGACGGCGCCGACUGGCUGCACAUGGACGUCAUGGACGGCCACUUCGUCCCCAACAUCACCAUGGGCCCGCCCAUCCUCACCUGGGUCAAGAAGAACGUCCCCGAGAUCUUCAUGGACUGCCACAUGAUGGUCGCCGACCCGGCCAAGUGGGUCCCCGAGGUCGCCAAGGCCGGCGGCAAGCUCUACACCUUCCACUACGAGGCGACGGACUCGCCCGCUGACGUCAUCAAGCUCAUCCACGAGCACGGCAUGCUCGCCGGCCUCGCCAUCUCGCCCGCGACGCCGUCGAGCGUCAUCACCGAGGAGCUCGGCAACGCCGUCGACCACCUGCUCGUCAUGACUGUUGUGCCUGGUGCCGGCGGACAAAAGUUCAUGGCCGAGUGCCUGCCCAAGGUGACCGACCUGCGCGCGCGCUUCCCCACAAAGAACAUCCAGGUCGACGGCGGCGUCGGCGCCGGCAACGCUUGCCAGUGCGGCCACGCCGGCGCCAACGUGCUCGUUGCGGGCACUGCCGUCUUUGGCGCCGAGAGCCCCAAGACGACUAUUGCCGAGAUGCGCGCGGCUGUGGACGACGAGUUCGCAAAGGCUGCGUAAAAUGGCACUGCCACUAGCUAGAAACCACCCAAACCCAAAACCAAAACCAAAACACUCAUAGUAGAUCAUAUUUGCAUCGUAUGUUACAACAGAUGCCCGGAAGCCAACUGAUCUAUAUACCGUGUAUGCUCUAAUCCUGGUGCUCCUUCUCCGUGUUCCUCUCCGUGUUCUUGGCCGCGAACGCCGCCCGGGCGGCCGCGACCUCCGGGUCCGCCUCGACUAAGGUUGGCCGCCGGCUCAUCUCCUCGACAGGAGUCAACGAUCCUCCAGCGCCUCCCGGAACAUGCCCCAUAGUGGCCGCAUGGCUAGGUCUGGUACCGAGCGCAAACGUGAGCGAACUGGGCGUAGGAGGCUGCGACUGCUCUAUUGAUGCAGAUCCCGACGACGAUGUCCGCUGGUGGCGGCGCAUGCCGAGAGCGUUGCCAGAGGGCGAUGCGUCGCGUUUGGCGACAGGUGCCGGCGCAAAGGCCACUGGCUGCGCUGCCGAUGGCGCAGAGUCGCUGCGAGUAGGGCGAGGAACCUCGCGUUGGGUGCCGACAGGCGCCUCAGUCGCAGCGGUGAAGGUGCGUGGCAGCUGGAAUCCCCCUUGCGGGCCAAAGUUGGAUGCCGUCUGGAACUGGGACCCGGUCUGCGAGCCACCAUAUGUGCUCGCACGUCGGCUUCUUGACCUCCGUAGGCGGUCUUCCAGAGCAG